GGUCGGAGAUCAGUCUUUUUAUAGUACUUCACUAAGUAAUAUGGGAACCUCAGGACCAUAUGAAUGGAUUACAUAAUAACCAUUUGCCGCCGGUCUAGGUACCAAGUGGCGAAGUGAUGGAGCCAGCUGGCAAACAGCUGAAAUCCGGGUUAUCGUGCUUUACAGCAACUGGCGUCAAGUUCUCAACAUUUUACCGAUCUGUUGAACUACGACAAUUCUUACUGACUCACCUCAAGUCCAAACCCACGGCCAAUUAACCCAAACCACAUCCCGCAUCUCUCUCACGGGGUAUUUCGCCACGCUAGGUCAUCAGCAGGUACCUACCUUUCAACCGGGCAGUAAUCAUGGGAUCGAUCGGCGCAGAACCAGCAAUCGCCGACCCCGGCAAAGAUGAAGCCACCAUCAAGGCACACCUGGAGGAUCUCACGGCGGCCCAGCUGCCCAACUCGGCCAUCUACGGCUUUCUGCUCUCGGGCGUGCGCAUCGUGGCAGCUAACCAGGGCUUCAUGAGAGCGAGGCUUACGCUCACGAGGAAUCACAUGAACUCCGGAGGCGGCAUCCACGGGGCCGCGAGCGCGGCGAUUGUGGACUGGGCUGGCGGCAUGGCGAUCGCGACGUGGGAUCUGCGUAGGCGGACGGGUGUGUCGGUCGAUAUCCACGUCUCGUAUCUCUCGUCUGCCGUUGAGGGAGAUGAGAUCGAGAUCGAGGCUUCGGCGGAUAAGGUCGGCGGCUCCCUCGGGUUUACGAGGGUUGUUAUUAAGAAGGUCGUGGAUGGCGUGGCGGGGCCAGUCGUUGCUAAUGGUUCGCAUACGAAGUUUGUUAAGCAGAGGUAGCGCCGGUACGGCUUUGGAAGUGUUGGUGGUUUCUGCAUGGCAGCGUGGGUAGCAAGCGAUAGCGCGUAUUGCUUCAUUUCAACUUAACAUCGGGGUUGAUAGACGAGGAAGAUAGAUUUUAGACGCUUGGUAUUGGCGCAGAAGUCUCGAUGAUAGACGGAUAGAAUCCUCAAGGAGUGGAGGCGACGGCGAACUGCUAUAGCGUGUCGCGUACAGAGUUGCCUCUAUCAAGGCGCUGGUAGCCAAAUACUAAACCUCUACACCGUUGUUAGCAGCUUUUUCGUCGAUCAAUACCUAAUCCGC